CAGGAGAUGAAAAAGCGAAAGUGAAAGUGACUGCAUCGAAACUAGUAGGAAUUUAAGCACCCAGACAAGACAACGCAUAAAGAAAUAUAUUUUCCCGUUUAUAAAUGACAUGGUGAUUUAGGUUGAAAAAUGGAGGUAAUUGCAAGCCUGCACAGCAAGGAAGGCCGAUGGAAAACCAAAUAAGAAACAUGGGAAACACUUGGGCAUGUCAGCAUGGCUGCCAGAGAACGAGUAACCCAGAAGUAGCGAAUGGUGAACAGAAAACCAUGUUAAAACGGAGGACUAGGUCAAACAGUUGUUCAAACCAAGAAGUUCCACAGGAGAGUGUUCUACAAUCAUGCGAAGAGGAAGCAAACAGAGAUUUAAUCCAGGAAAAGCAAGAUGGUAACAUUUCUGAAGACUCUGACAAAUUAAGCCAGGGUAUGUUUCAGCGAAAGACACGCAAGUCCACUGGCCCUUCGGCUAGUGCAGAAGAGUCACAGAAGAAAAAUACUGCAAUGAUAAAUUUGACUAGACGUGAAAAGGAAAAAUAUAUUCCCAGUGAUGAACCUUCUUCAGCAAGUGCAGCUGGUGACCAGAAAGAGAAACCUACAUUAGAAACCAAAAAAGAACGUGCACAUUCAGGACACGGAAAAGCUGCUCAGGUACAUCAACUGAAGACAUCCCCGAUCAGCCCCGAUUCCCAUAAAAACUGUGAAGUAAAGCUGUCAGUGUCAAGUAGCUCUUCAGCAAAGGAAUCCUCUGUAGACAAUGAAGAGGACAUGUACCGUGAUGCAGAAGAAAUAGAGAGAGAAAAAACAUUACCUGUUUGUGAGACAGGCUCCUCAGAAAAUAAACUCAGUGUUGCACCUGAAAUGGACAUCAUAGAGUACUGCCAAAAAGAAUGGAGAGGAAAUACACCGGUAGCAAAACGUAUGAAAAAGGGAUACGAAGCAGUUUCUCAGAAGUUUACCUCUAUAAGGAGAGUGCGAGGUGAUAACUAUUGUGCUCUCAGAGCAACCUUGUUCCAGGCACUGAGCCAAACUUCUGAACUUCCUGACUGGCUUCGGAGUGAGGACUUAACGUUGCUUCCAGAAAAGCUGCUGAGCAAAUAUGAUUGGAUCCAAGAGUGGCAGCUAAGACAGAAACUGGGCAGGAAGAUGGGAGAACUAAGUGACGAAAUUAAAGACUACUUAAUACUUCUAAGGAAGAAGUGGGAGAGUAUGAGCGAAAUGAAAAGUCCUGUAGAGAGACAAGCAGCUUGUGAUGAAUUGUUUACAAAUGAAGAGGAGGAGUACAGUCUCUAUGAAGCUGUGAAAUUUUUGAUGCUGAAGACAGCUAUUGAAUUAUAUGAUGAUGAUAAAAAAAGAAAGGAAGUACCAGUGUUCUCAUGGCUAUUGUUUGCCCGGGAUACAUCCAGCAACCCCAGUCAGCUAAUGAAUAACCACUUGAAUCAAAUAGGUCACACUGGAGGCCUUGAGCAAGUGGAAAUGUUUCUUCUUGCAUAUGCUCUGCAGCAUACCAUCAGAGUUUAUCGAUUGUAUAAAUACAGCACUGAUGAAUUCAUCACACUUUAUCCCAAUGACCCAGAGGCUGACUGGCCCGUGGUGACUCUUAUAACUGAAGAUGACAGACAUUAUAAUAUUCCAGUCAGAAUGUGUGAAGAGACUAGUUUGUAAAUGAGAUUUUUGGCAGAUUUAUAAAUUUGAUAUCAAAAUCUGACCUGGACGUUAAAUUUCCAACACUAUUUUGAAAUAAAGUCAUGAUGAGAUUUACAUGA